AUGGAUGCCGUAGAGAUGGUGGAGUUCGAGUUGGUGGACUUUGAAAAGGUGGUGGAUGACCAUGGAAGAGUGGUGUUUGUGUUAAUGGACUUCAAGAAGGUGGUGCUUGAGAUGGUGGACUUCUCGAAGAACGGUGGAUGCCUAAAAAAGAUGGUGGACUUCUUGAAGACGGUCUAUAAGAUGGUGGUGUCUGGGAUGGCGGACCUCGAGAAGGUAAUGAACGUCCAUAAGAGGGUGGUGGACCUCGAAAAGGUGGUGUGGUUUCUAAAUGGAGGUGGAUGCCUAUCAGAUGGUAGUGUGAAUGCCUAUGAGAUGCGGUCUCUGAUUGGUGGUUUUUUGAGAAGGCGGUGGGUGUCUACACAAAUGGUGACAUUUGGAAUGUUGGACCUCUGGAAAGUGGUGGAUGUCUACGAAAUGGUGGUGUUUGAAUUGCGGGACUCGAGAAGGCUGAUAGGCUCCAUUUUCACUGGCAAGAAAACUAUAACGGUGGCAAAUAAUGCAGUGAAGACUUCACAGGCUUAG